AUGAAAGACGCCAUUGUCCAGGCUAGGCAACUUCACCGCAAAGAAAAGUAUGGUCUUGCACUAGAAAUCUUGAGGUCUAAUACCAGAGAGAUUGGUGCUCGCUCAUUGAGCCCACCCAAAUAUCUCACGACUGAUGACCUGUACAACAUGCUAGAUCUCAGAGCAGACCUACUCGUCAAAGAAAGCCACCUUCAUGAAGGACUUGAAGAUGCUACCAGCAUGGUUCGCAUGCAACCUAAAAACCCGAGAGGCUACUUGAGGUUGGGUCAGAUUUAUCUUCUUUUGGACAAAGCUAAAGAAGCCGCAGAUACGUACCGGCAAGCUUUAAAACGGAUUUCUCCAACUGAAGACUGCUACAAAAUGCUCGUAAAUUUACAAAAGAAGGCGAAUCGUAAAUUUCAGCAGUCUUUGGCUAUGAGAUGUGAUCCACUGGAAAAGCUUCCCAGAGAGCUUCUCUACCUUAUCUUUUCGAGGCUAAACCUCGAAGAGAGGUCAAAACUCACCCUUGUGAGCAAAAAGUGGAGAGUGUACAUUCUGAAAGAGCCCAAGUUUUGGAACAAUAUUCAAUUGAGGCUAGGAAAAAAGCAACGAGUGAGUUCUGAUACUCUUAUCGAGUUCAUCUCCAGAUCAACCCUCCCUCUUAAAUUGGAUUUGUUGGACACAACCAUUGUGCGGCCGGAAAGACUUUUGCAGUACAUCAGUUUUAACAAAAAAGUUCAAAUGAACUACCUCGCCUUGAUGAACUCGUCUUCUCUUUCAACCCAGCCACUGAUGGCCGCAAUCCGAGAGCGAAAUGCAAUCUUUCCUAAUUUAAGGGUUCUUAAAAUCCCCAGCAAUGCUCUAGACGUUGAUCUGAGAUGGUGCCUCCAAAACUUACCCGCAUUAGAGACGCUGGAGCUCACAGCUACGGCCCACUGUGCAAUGCACAGCGUAGAGCAGGCUGAACUUUCGGAUUCGAAUCUUAAAACACUAAAGCUCUAUGGGGGCGGAGCAGUGGUAUGCGUGUCUGCUUCACUAGCUUCACAACUGUCAUCACUCUCAAGUCUGCAUUCACUCAGCCUGCAUAGGGUGAUUGCGGAUUUUGAAUGUCUUGACCCAGUUUUCGAAAAUGAGCAACUGACUGAGUUUGGAUUUACGGCGUUUGGUGCUAGAGCGCUGAGAAUAGUCAUGCCAGAAUUCAAAAGUCCGCUAUUGAAAAGUCUGGCUUUGAACAAUGUCCAAAUCGACUUUAGCGGCUGGCGCCAGAAGGUAUCGCUCGAGUAUCUAGAGUUGAAAUGGGCAAACCUGUUGCCAUACUCAUUCGGCGACAUUUUGAACCGCUUAGGGUGUGAAGAGACCCUUAAAACCUUGGUUGCCCAUCGGUCCCAUUUUGCGUGGCCUAUUAGUUCCCCUGAGCGAGUUCUUGUAAACCUUGAUACAUUCCAGUUCACAGAAAUGGCUGCAGUCGACGACCAAUCUUUGUCCUGGCUUUUGCAUGCCCUCCGGCAUGUAAAAAGAGUGAACGUUGAUAGUAGCGAAUUCUCUGGUCCUGCUUUAAUGAAGCUUGUCAGGCUAGGUAUCACCCACCUUCGCUGCAAAGAAUGCCCCAUGAGCUACGAGUUUUUGGAAUGGCUGCAAAAGGGUACAGGCCAGGUGAAUGUUCGCUAUUAA